UUCAAAAUGGCGGACUAGAAAGAUGUAGCGUGGAAAUAUUCCUAAGCUGUUAAUUUCCUCGUGGAACCGGAUCAAUCAUGCCUAACUGGUACUUUAGUAAAGAGGGGUUGUUACGAACGCCUUCCAGGCUUGAUGGCAUUGAUUACAUGACUGAAAUACGCUACAGAAGAGAGGGAACCCGCUUCAUUAUGAACUGUGGGAAUCGAAUGAGAUUACGUUAUGACACCAUGGCUACAGGAGCAGUUUACUUUCAUAGGUUCUACAUGGUGCAGUCAUUCAAGAACUUUCCACGAUGGGUUACUGGUGCAGCAUGUUUAUUUCUUGCUGGGAAGGUUGAAGAAACACCUAAGAAAUGCCGUGAUAUUAUUAAAACAGCCAAAAGCCUUUUGCAUGAUAAUCAAUUUGAAACAUUUGGUGAGGAUCCAAAGGAAGAAGUGAUGAUGUAUGAAAGAGUUUUACUACAAACAAUCAAGUUUGAUUUACAAGUGGAACACCCAUACCCAAGUCUGCUCAAGUUUGGCAAAGCACUAAAAGGUGACCGUGCAAAGAUAAACAAGCUGGUUCAAAUGGCUUGGACUUUCUUAAAUGACAGCUUGUCUACUCCUCUGUGUUUGAGAUACAAACCUGAAGUCAUCUCAGUUGCCAUGAUAGCUUUAGCAGCAAAGUUUAACAAUCAUGACUUACAAGCCACCUCUAGUGCUCCUGGAAAAACCUGGUACCACUCAUUCACUAAGGGGGCUACAGAGUCCGUGAUUGAAGAUAUUUGUGAUCUGAUGCUGGAACUCUAUGGUGGUGAAAAAAAGAAGGGGAAAACCGAAGCCAGUGAUGAAGGAAGCUCAUCAAACCAUUCCAGUCCAAUGAUAAACCCCAGUCCACCAGCUGCCAAGAAGAGAAAACACACAAGUACAUCUUCAGAGGUCAAAUCCCAGACGGUGGCUCCAGAUACUCCUACUGCUACAAGUCAGGUCCUUACAGAGCCACUGAAGCCACUGCCUCCAGCCUUGACGUCAUCUCAAAUACAAGUGGAGAAUGUCAGUCCUGCACCAGUUUCCACACAGCAGCAGCAGCAGCCUCCGAUUGCAACAGUCACAACUGAACCACCCAAGGUUACCCAAACUGUUGACACUACAUUUGCAUCAGCUCAAACAGGAAAGCAAAUAAUUGAAACAUCAGCAGCAGUGGCACCUGCUGCUUUGCAACCUACUUUGACGUCUUUUGCUGUGGCUACAUCGUCUUACAAUUCGGAUCAAGCCUACGCUAUGAACAUUUACCAACAGACAGUACAGCCAGCAGGAAUUGCAACACUGACAACAAAUGCUUCAUUUCAGCCUACAUUAGGAAGUGGAACUCUUGGUUCUGUGCCUUCAUUUCACUUACCUGCGCAGUUUCAAAACCAGUCGUAUUUGCCACCAACUCAAGGAUAUUCUCACUUUGCUACCCCUGCUGGUUUCCCCAAUGUUCCUCCUCCACCCCUUCCCCCCAUGCCCAGCAGUGCUGUAUACCCUCCACCUCCAAGUGGUGUCAGCACCCUGCAGACAUCUGCAGCAUAUGGGGUACCACCUCCUCAAGGCAGACCACCUCACCCUCCGAUGUCACUCCCUCCCCCUCCCCUUCCACCAUUGCACAGUGGACAAAUGCCACCAAUUCCUCAGGUUGGCUCAAAAGAUUAUCAAUGGCCAAGACAGUUUGGUGUUCCUCCAUCACAGAACCAACAGAUGGGAGGUUGGAUGAGAUGAUAAAAGAUAAUGAUAGUUGUAUAAAAAAUUAUAAGUCCCGAAGUAACCUUUAUAAUAUCUGUGUUCUUGACAACAAUUAAAGUUAUUAAAGUAGAUUAAGUUAACUUUCAAGACUACGUGCAGAGCCAACCUGAUUGAAGGGUCCUCCAUUGUAGUUUGUUAUUUUUAAAAUUU